GUAACAGGCAAGCUUUAAACUGUUUGUUGACGAUCGUUUUUCGGAAGGUACAUCAAGCCGGAAGCGAUUAAGUAACUACAGGUCACAUAUAAACAGUACAAAACUCCUGAUUACUGACCACUACAUCGGACUACGGAGGUUAUUGUCGGACUAGAGAGGUCAGGAAAUGGCACAGAUUCCGGAGAAAGACAAUGAGAUCACAGAAACAGCCGUGACAGUAGACGCCGGAUAUGAUCAGAAAGGAGCAAAGGAGAAAGGCGGGGGCUCUGUGGACACUUCCGGUAAAUUGUCGGAUCUGCUGUACAGUGUGGAGGAGGUACCCCCAUGGGGUCUUUGUAUCCUCUUAGGAUUUCAGCACUACCUAACAGCAUUCGGAGGGAUCGUGACAGUACCCCUGAUUCUGAACGGAGUGUUCUGUAUAGCGGAGGAUAGGGUCGGUCUAAGUGAACUCAUCGGCACCAUCUUCUUCUGUUCCGGCAUGGCUACGCUUCUACAGACAACUCUGGGAGUCAGACUGCCGAUCAUCCAGGGAGGCUCCUUCACGUUCCUCACGCCCACGUUCGCUCUGCUGUCCCUCCCGAAAUGGUCGUGCGAGUACACGGAGGCCGCAAACGGACUCCGAAACAUUACGGACCUGCCACCAUACGGCAGUCUCGGCCACCAGGAGAUAUGGCAUAUGCGCUUGCGCGAGGUUCAGGGCGCCAUUAUGGUGGCGUCUUUGUUCCAGGUUGUGAUUGGUUUCUCGGGAUUGAUGGGCGUGGUUCUCAGAUUUAUAGGCCCCCUGGCGGUGACCCCUACAGUGGCACUGAUUGGCCUGGGGCUGUUCCCGGAGGCGGCUGAUCUAGCAUCCAAACAGUGGUAUAUUGCUGUCAUGACUAUGGUACUGAUUGCGUUGUUUUCACAGUAUCUUCGGAACAUCACUUUACCUAGAUGUGGGUCGUAUAAACUUCCUAUCUUCAAACUGUUUCCGGUGUUGAUUGCGAUGAUGUCGGCCUGGGGGAUAUGCGGUAUUUUGACGGCAGCCGGAGUCUUUCCGACCGACCAGAACGGCUGGGGAUACGAAGCACGGACAGACACUAAACUUGAUGUCCUUCGGGACUCUAAAUGGUUCCGCUUUCCGUAUCCAGGUCAGUGGGGAGUACCCACUGUCAGCACCGCGGGCGUGUUCGGUAUGCUAGCAGGAGUCAUCUCGUCCAUGAUCGAGUCUGUCGGAGACUACAUCGCAUGCGCACGAUUAUCCGGAGCGCCACCGCCUCCCGAUCAUGCUGUCAACAGGGGUAUCGGCAUGGAGGGAAUUGGCUGUAUCCUUGCAGGUGCGUGGGGCUCCGGAAGUGGGACGACGUCAUACAGCGAAAAUAUAGGCGCAAUUGGCAUUACAAAGGUGGGUAGCCGGCGCGUGGUACAGGUUGGAGGAUGCAUGAUGCUGAUACUUGGAUGUCUGGGCAAGUUCGGGGCAUUGUUUGUCACCAUCCCCGAUCCCGUCAUCGGCGGAAUGUUCCUCAUCAUGUUCGGGAUGGUGGUGUCUGUAGGAUUGUCCAAUCUACAGUUUGUAGACUUGUCAUCGUCCCGGAAUAUAUUCGUGCUCGGCACGUCCUUAUUCUUCGGCCUUUCAUUUCCGGUCUGGAUCAAAGAUCACCCGAACAGUAUAGAUACAGGAAACGAGGUGGUCGACCAGAUCCUGUCGGUGUUACUUGGAACCAACAUGUUCGUUGGGGGCGUGGUCGGACUUGUUCUGGACAACACCGUCCCAGGGACGGAUGAGGAGCGUGGGAUAAAAAAAUGGCGGGAAAUCACAAGCGUGACAGGGGGAAAUGAGAAACGCAGCACCGUGUAUGACAUUCCCUUCAUACAGCCACUCCUGGACAAAAUGGCUUGCUGGCGUUACGUCCCAAUGUGUCCGGCAUUCAACGGAUGCCGACGGCGACGUCACAGUGGUUACGUCAUUGAGAAAUCUAAAUCAUAUGUAAACGAAGGAUUUGCUGCUAACAUAGAUCGGGAGUCAACAGCUCUGUAACCAAAGAAACCGCGUGUUCCUCCUCAAGGGGUAACAUGUGUACAAACAUUAUUCGUAUUGCCUCCAAAGAUGAAGAUUACAAUGUAAUGUGGAACAUAUAUACAAAGCAUUUGGUACAUGUAUACACGAUUACAUAAUAUCUAUUACAUAAAUAUACACUUAACAUAUAGGAAUGUGUAUAUAAAGUGUAGAAUAAUAGAAUAUUUUAGAGUAUACCUAAAAGGUUUCAAUAAACAGAUUGUAUAUUGAUUUGCACAAGCCAAGUAAAUUAUGAUAAAUUGUAUUUAUACGUGGUACGUAAUACUGAUACAUGACUAUGUUUAGACAUCAAUGUAUCGUUGUAAUUGAAAGUACAUGCAGUUAAGACAUUCAUUGUAGCAUACAAACUAUAAACGCGGAGGAUACAUGUGUUGGUCUGGAUCACACAAGGGUGGGGGCUAGCCCUACCUGCGAGGUGUUACGGCCCCACACAUGUAUACUCCCAUGCAUAUUAAUCUGUAGUAUAGUUCAUAUAGUGAUAUUCGAACAUGUAUAAUCAGAACAAGACUUUCGUACCUGUAUUAUGAGAGAGCGACAUUUGUACUUGUAUUACCACAGAGUGAUAUUCGUACCUAUACUAUCAGAAAUUGAUAUUUGUACGUUUAUUACCAGAGGGUGAUAUUCGUACCUAUACUAUCAGAAAUUGAUAUUUGUACGUUUAUUACCAGAGGGUGAUAUCCGUACCUGUUUUAUCAGAAGAAGACAUUCGUACGUUAAUUACCAGAGUGUGAUAUCCGUACCUGUAUUAUCAGAACAAGACAUUCGUACGUUUAUUACCAGAGGGGGAUAUUCGUACCUGUAUUAUCAAAAGAAGACAUACGUACGUUAAUUACCAGAGUGUGAUAUUCGUACCUGUAUUAUCAGAACAAGACAUUCAUACGUUAAUUACCAGAGGGUGAUAUUCGUACCUGUAUUAUCAAAAGAAGACAUUCGUACGUUAAUUACCAGAGUGUGAUAUUCGUACCCGUAUUAUCAGAACAAGACAUUCGUACGUUAAUUACCAGAGUGUGAUAUCCGUACCUCUAUUAUCAGAACAAAACAUUCGUACGUUAAUUACCAUAGAGUGAUAUUCGUACAUGUAUUAUCAGAACAAAACAUUCGUACGUUAA